AAAGGUGGUGACUAUCGCCAAGUCGAAGAAGUUUCGGGAUCAUCACAGGAAGGUUCUGCUGGAGGGGCACAGGCUGAUCAAGGACGCCCUGGAGGCAGGAGCUGUGCUGCAGACUCUCUUCUUCAGCACGGUGGGGCAGCUGAAGGAGCUGCCCGAGGCAGAGCUAAAAGGAGCCAACUUAGUUAAGGUGAAAUUUGAAGACAUUAAGAGCUGGUCUGAUGUUAUAACUCCUCAGGGGCUUAUAGGGAUCUUUUCCAAGCCUGACCAUGCCAAGAUGUCUUACCCUGCUGCUCAGCUAACCAGCUCUUUGCCACUGCUCCUCAUCUGCGACAAUAUCCGAGAUCCAGGAAACCUGGGAACUAUUCUCAGAUCUGCAGCAGGAGCAGGCUGUGAGAAAGUGCUGCUCACCAAAGGCUGUGUGGAUCCGUGGGAGCCAAAGGUGCUUCGUGCCGGCAUGGGAGCUCACUUCCGUCUGCCCAUCAUUGCCAACCUGGACUGGGAAUCUGUUCCCAGCAACCUGCCUGCCGGCGUCCAGGUCUGCGUGGCCGACAACAGAGACCCAGGCACUCAGGCUGAGACCGUGUCCGUGCCGAGGGAAGCUGGCGGGGUUGGCUCUGCUCCUGGCAACCCAAAAGCUCCUGUGAAAUCCAAACCUGAGGCUGCUCCUGAGCAUGAGGAUGAGGAGGGAGUGGCGGGAGUCUGCAUCCCAGAGCUGGCUGCGCAGUAUUACUAUGAGAGCUGGACACGGACUCCAGUGGCAGUGGUGAUCGGCGGAGAGACCCACGGUCUGAGUCCAGAUGCGCUUCACCUCGCAGCCAGCACUGGGGGGAAGAGACUGGUCAUUCCCGUGGUGCCAGGUGUGGACAGCUUGAACUCCGCUAUCGCUGCUGGCAUCGUGCUGUUUGAGGGGAAGAGACAGUUGCUGCAGAGGCACAAGCAGGAAGACGAAAGGCUGAAGUUCCCUGUAGUGGGUUAA